AUGGCAGAGGCUGAUCCGCCUGGGAAAAUUUUCAUAGGAGGCCUCAACCUCGAGACCAAACAAAAGACUCUUCACAUAGUAUUUGGGAGAUUUGGACCAAUAGCACAUGUUAUUUUGAUGAGAGAUCGGGAAACUAAGAAGUCUAGAGGAUUUGCUUUCAUUACUUUUCGACAUCCUGCAGAUGCUAAGAAUGUUAUCAAAGAAAUGAAUGGAGUGUUUUUGGAUGGAAAAAAAAUUAAAGUGGAGCAAGCCAAAAGACGAUCACUUGAAAGUGGUGGUCGGCGGAGACUACCAUCCAGAGGUAGUUCAAGAAUUCUGAAAUGUGGAAGAGGAAGAAGUAGCAGAGAAAGACGUCCUUUUCGUAAAGGAAAUUUGGAUAAUGAUGGAUUUGCUCGCAACUUUGAUAUGAGUUCUCCUCAGAGAUACUUUGGAGUUAAAAGAAGUCUGUCUUCAAAAGGUGAAGGUCUUUCUCCUAAAAGAUCUGCUCGUGCUCUAACAAGAAGCAGUGCUGAACUGAGAGCACGAGAAUCACAUGGGAGAGAGAUUUCUAGAAAUAAGCCAGCAAGAGAACCAGUGUCUUCAAGAAGAGAUGAGUAUCCACUACGAAGAGAUGAAGGCCAUUCUUCUAAAGAUAGGAAAUAUGCAUCAACAUCUAGAGGAUACCACGAUUAUGGCUGUCACAGCACUCGGAAUGAGCAUGCAUCUAAAGUCCUCAGUGAACAUGUUGGCUAUAGUGGAGGACGUGAUAGAGAUUAUUCUGAAUACUCUAGUGGAAGCUCAUACAGAGAUACAUAUGAAAAUUAUGGAAGCUUCCGUGAGGCACCAUCUACAAGAGGAAAUUACGGUGGAAACAACCGUUAUGAUGACCAUUACAGCUCACGAGAUGGAUAUGGUGGAGGUCGAGAAAAUUACUUAAGCAGCAGAAAUGAUAUAUAUUCAAGUAGCUAUGAACGUAGUGGUAGACAAGGAGUAUUUCCACCUAGUGAUAGGGAAUACCCUGAGCAUGGGGGCAGACAACGAAGGCAUUCACCUAUGGAUAUGCUGUAUAGUGCUUCUUAUGAAUCAUAUAGUAGCAUCAAGAUUUGGGGGAUUCAGUGGAGGUCGUGGAGAGAGCAGAUAUGA